GGCGCGUCCCAUUUCCAACUCGACAUUUCUUCCCUCUGGCAAAAAGUCCUCACUGCAGGCAGGAGAGAUUGUCCACGUUUACAGCAUUCCUGCACCGCUUCCCUUCUCAUCAUCCGCAACCUCGGCCCGCUGCGUAAAAAGCGCAAACAGCUCCGGGCCUCAUAUUUAUUACAAUUUGGGGUUAUUUUUUUGUUUUUGGUUGAUUGGUUUGAAUCCCUCUUAACUUAUUUGACCUCGUCCUGCAAAGAUGUUUUCCUGCUGCGUUGUCUUUUUCCUCCUUACUUCGUGGUCUGCCGUGGAGUGCAAUCCCAGUCCUGUGUUAGGAGAUGUAGUCGUGGACAGACGCUUCAUCCCCCAAAACUGCGCCAGAGAAGCCAAAGAGGGCGAUUAUGUCCGCUAUCACUACAACGCAACGUUUCUCGACGGGAAAACAUUUGAUUCGAGCCAUGAGAAGGGGGAAGCCAAGGUGGGCCUGCUCGGGGAGGGCCGCCUCAUCGCGGGCAUCGACAAAGGCCUGCGGGGGAUGUGCGUGAACGAGCGCAGGACGAUCACCGUGCCGCCGAACAUGGCCUACGGAAGCACCGGGGCAGGUGACGUGAUUCCUCCCGAUACGACCCUGGUAUUUGAAGUCCAUCUGGUGGAUCUGUGGAACAAAGCGGACCUGGUUGUCACCAAAACCAUGAGCACUCCCAAAGACUGCAAACGCUCUGUGAUGCGCACCGACUUUGUGCGCUACCACUUCAACGGCUCGCUGCUCGACGGCACCGUCUUCGAUUCCAGCUACACCAGGAAGCAGACCCACGACUCCUUGGUGGGUGAGGGCUGGCUGGUUAAGGGCAUGGAUGAAGGCCUGGUGGGCAUGUGUGUGGGAGAGGUCAGAAAUAUCGUCAUCCCGCCCUUCAAAGCCUACGGAGAAAAAGGAUCAGGGACAGAUAUUCCCCCCCAGGCGACCCUGGUGUUCGAUGCCCUGCUGGUGGACAUUCAUAACUCAAAGGAUAAUCUCACAAUUGAGAACCAAGAGAUCCCAGAGUCGUGCACUCGUAAAUCCGUGUCUGGGGACUACGUGCGGUACCACUACAACGGCACCUACCUGAACGGAGUCACCUUUGACACCAGCUACCAGAGGAACACCACAUACAACACCUACAUCGGGAUGGGGUACGUGAUCGCCGGCAUGGACCAGGCCCUCCUGGGGGUCUGCAUGGGAGAGAAGCGCCGGGUCAUCAUCCCUCCUAAGCUGGCGUAUGGAGAAGAAGGAGCAGGUGGCGUCAUCCCCCCUAAUGCCGUGCUGGUGUUCGACAUUCACGUCAUCGACUUCCACAACCCCAACGACACGGUGAAAAUCCAGAUCACCCACAAGCCCGAGGAGUGCAAGGAGGUCACCGCGGAGAACGACCUGGUCCGCUACCACUACAACUGCACCCUGGUGGACGGCACCAAGCUCUUCUCCUCGCACGACUACGAGAGCCUCCAGGACGCCAUGCUGGGGUCGGACAAGGUGAUUGACGGGCUGGACGAGGGCCUGCGCGGCAUGUGCGUGGGGGAGAAGAGGGUGAUAACUGUGCCGCCUCACCUCGGCCACGGAGAAAAAGGGGCCACUGGCGUGCCAGGCAGCGCUGUGUUGGUCUUUGACGUUGAACUGGUGAGCUUUGAGAAGGGAGUACCACCUGGUUACCUGUUCGUGUGGCUGGAGGAGAGCCCCGCGGACCUCUUCACUGCCCUGGACAUCAACAACAACGCAGCGGUCCCAGAGGAGGAGUUUGGGGAGUUCAUCAAGCUGCAGGUGGCGGAGGGCAAAGGUCGCAUAAAGCCCGGCAUGAUCAUGGAGAAUGUCAUUACCGACAUGUUCCACAACCAGGACCGGAACAAAGAUGGAGUGAUCACGGCCGACGAACUCAAGCUGAAGGUGGACGAGGACAGGGAAAGGGAAGAGGCGAGGCACGAGGAGUUGUGAUGGUAGAAAUGAGUUUCGUUCUCUCAGGGAUGAACCCCAACACCUUAAAAAAAAA